UUCAAGUUCAAAUUCGACACCGACAAAUUCAGAAAGAGAAAGUACAGUAAUUACAUCUAGCAGGAGGAAAAUAUUAAUGGUAAUGAAGAAGAUGCAUGUAUAAUUAUAUACAGAAAUGAAGUAAAUCACAGUACAAACGCUAAAAUUGAAAUUAAAAAGAGCUACUACAAUGGAUCAAAAUACCAAUUGCAGUAAAAAUAAUGAUAAUUCGAAUUGUGAUAAUGAAAUCGUUUAUGAAAAUAAACAGAAAACUGAUAACAAUGCACCACAAGAAGAACAAGAAAAUAUUAAUUAUCAAGAAAGUAAUGAGAUGACAGAACAAAAUAGAAAAACCAGUGAGGGUGUUGUGUCAGAUACAUUGAAAGCUGAUGGAAUACAGACAGAACAAAAAGUUAGUGAUGAUAAAGUAAAUGGUAAUACUGACAGUGAGGAGGGUGACUCUUCAUCAGAGGAGGAGUAUGAAUCUGCUGAUGAAGGAGAAAUUGAAAUAGAAGAAGAGCAACUAAAGUUGGAAGAGGAAAAAUUGACAGAAGAAGAAAAAAAUUUAAAGAAAGCAGAAGCUCAGAAAUAUAAAGAUGAGGGGAACAAAGUUUUCAAAGAAGGGUUCUAUAAAGAGGCUAUAAAAUAUUAUAGUAGAGCUUUACAGACCUGUCCAUAUUCAUACUUCAAAGAAAGGUCGAUAAUGUAUUCAAACAGAGCUGCUUGUAAACUUCAUAUGGAAAAAUAUGAUGAAGCUAUAAAAGACUGUAGUAAAGCGAUAGACUUACACCCACACUAUCUGAAAGCUGUACUACGAAGAGCAGAAUUGUAUGAAAAGGUGGAAAAAUUAGAGGAGGCUCUAGCCGAUUAUCAAAGAAUUAUAGAACUUGAUCCUAGUCAUUACAUUGCUAGAAGUGCUUGUAUGAGACUUCCUGACCAAAUAAAAGAAAAGAAUGAAAAGUUAAAGGAAGAAAUGAUGGGUAAAUUAAAAGACUUAGGCAAUAUGGUUUUGAAACCAUUUGGUCUUUCUACAAACAAUUUUAAAAUGCAACAAGAUCCAAAGACAGGAGGAUAUUCAGUGAAUUUUCAACAGAAUCCUGAGUCAUGACAACAGAUCAGACUUUAGAAACUUGGUGAUGAGUUCUUCCUGACAGAACUUAUUAACUUGUGUAAACUCUUAUACAUCUGUCCAUUUCAAUGCAAAGUUACUAAGGUAUUAAAAUCAUACUUAACAAUAGUCUGCUUCUACAUGUUGGAUUUUAAUCAAAUGAAAGAAUAUAGCGCUAGAAAUACAUCGAUGUGUCUAUUUGAACUUUUAUAAAUGGUUUUAAUGUUAUUUUGUUUUUGCCAGUGGUUCCUCAGAUGUAAGCAAAAUCAUGUUAAAUGUUUUUUUCAUCACCGCAAUAUAUUGAAUUUGUAUAUAGAUGGAGGGUCUCACUAUUUCAUUUGUAGAAUCAUAUGGGGUUUUGUUACAUAUAAAAAUAAAAAUGGACUUGCACAUAGUAUGAAUUAACAUGUUUUACCAUAAACUGAAGUUUUCCUCUAUAGGAGCAUUUUGGAUGUUUUUAUCAGAUAGUUAUGUUUUCAUUUUAAUUUCUUGUUUAAUUAGGGAAUCAGCAUACUGAAAUUUAUUACCAUGGUCGAGUUGUCUUUGUUUUUUUGUCUUAAUCUUUUUUUGCGCUAUUGAUUUUUCAACUAAUAAUCUUAUAGUCUCUAUUUGAAAUUGAUCAAACAUCUGAAAUCUGCAGUUUCUAAUGAAACCACCAAAUUUAAUACACUCAAAAGAAAAGGGAGUCCUGAUUACAUAAUUUUUUCAAACUAUUUAUCUUCUAAUUUUGAUAAAUUUUCACUUUUGAAAAAAAUUUCAACAAUUAAUCUGUGUAAAAGAUAUGUAAUUUGGUUAAUUACAUGAAUCAAAGUAAUAACUGCAUAUAAUAUAAACAGUACAAUUUUAUUUUCAAGAGCUUUUAAAGGUCUUUGAGGGAUUCAAGUUUUGUUAUUGUGAAAUGUUGGUACAUAAUGAAAAAAUGUAGUGAAUAUAUAUAUAUACUUUGAGGUAGAAUUUGCAAAUGUUUGCCAUGGUUGCAAGUAAAAAAUUCAAAGGUUUCAGCUUUUUCAAAAAAAAUACCCCAAAUUAGGAAUGUGAAUAUAAGUAAUAAUAGAAUUAUAAACAUUACAAAUGUUUGUACUGAAUUGAUAUAUAUAUUAACCUUAAGAUAUCUUUGGGGUUUUUUGUGUCUGUUGACUGUGACCUCAUUUACAUAUAUAAUUAUAAAAAAUUCAUUUCACCACAAAUGGUACAAUUUACCAGUAUUUUUCAAAUAUGAAAAGAUAGAUGAAUCUAAAAAGUGUUAAAGCUUUUCUCAGUCAGUCAUCAAAUUUACCCAAAAAAUUUCAAUUUCAAAAUGCUUUGAAAAAUUAUAAUAUCAAAUAUUUAAAUCAGAAUGUUUCUUCAAAAAAAUUAAUUUUUUAUCAUUGCAUUUAGUGAUAACCAUUAUAUCAAUAAACCUCUUUCUUAUAAAAUUGUUUCUAUAAUUGCCAAUCAUUUUAAACAAAUGAAACAAAGUAUACUAAAUGUAAAUUCAAUAAAAGUUGAUAUGGUAAACAAAGACUUUUGUCUUGUUUUUCCACUAACUAUUAAUUUCAAAAUCUUGUUUUUUUUAAGAUUCAAUGAAUGUUUCUCUUAUUACCAUAACCAAGAAUAAUAUUACUAGGUGUUGACUUUUUCUCAUAAAGAAUAAUGUUAUUAGGUGUUGACACUUUUUUUUCUCAAUGAGAAAAAUGUUAGAUUUUGGCCGUUUUGAUAUCUAGCAUUAUUUUUUUAAAUCAUAAAAGUAGCCAAUUAUAAUUUUGUUAUUUCCACAAUCUCAAACUUCCCUACUGAGGCAACUAGAGCUACCAUACUAUCAAAGCGUGUUCACUAUCAAUUAGUAAAUUGGAUAUUCUAGUCAUCUCUAGGAAACUGAACAAAGCUUUCUACCAUGAACUAAUAGUUUUACCUUGUUUUUGGAAAGAAAUCCAUUACUGAUAACUAUAAUACUAAAAUGGUUUCCAUGGAGAUUAUAUAGCCCCACCUUGAAACUUUUACAUAGUUUACAAGUUAAUGUUUGUGUUUAGGUUUGUUUAAAUGGAACGAUUUAUGAAAAGUCAAUGGUAUUUGGUAUGCAGUUGUAUUAGCAUUGGUACAUCUCAUUUCCAUGGAGAUUGUUUAGCCCUGUACCUUUAGUCAUGGUUCAUUGACUUUGAAUAUUUGUAUGCUACAUUUUUGUACUUUACAUGUUAAAGUAUUGCUUUUUUAAUAUCAACAUUUGCAUUAUCAAAAUAACAAAAAGGCAAGACAUAUCUCUGUGUUAACAGUUUAUUUUCAAUAUGAAUGAAAAUAUUGACUUGUUAUUUUCAUAAUUUUACUUUGAUUAACUGGAAGUUUUCAAAUAUUUUAACCUUAAAGACACAUUGCUUUCAACACAGCUGAGUAGAUUCAGCUAGACAGCAGUAUCAUUUGCUUUAUAAAUAUUUGUAAAUUUAAUAUUUAAAGUGAGUUAUCUCCUCUUGGAAUAUGUUUUUUUUUUAAGUACCGAGUUAUCUCCACUUAGACUCAAGAAAAACAUGGAAAUAAUUCAGCUCACAUAGAUAUUAGCUUGAUAUAGUAAUAUGGAACUAGAAAAUAUUUAUUUAUCGUUUUCUGUCUUUUUUUCAAUCAUUAAUUUAUUUUGGGGGUAUUAUUUAUUAUAUUCAUUUACAGCAUUAUUAUAUCAGCAGACAGUGGAAUAAAAUAAUAAAACACCUUGCUUCUCUGUCUUGUUAUAACGCCUUAGAAAUAUGUUUUUAGCUUUUUUCUUCACCAUUGUGCAUUUAUCAGAGUAAACAGAUUUUUUGCAAUCUAUUAACACUGUGUAGUUUAUUAUACACAUUUAUAAGCAAUGAAAACUAGAUGACAGUGUUGAAAUACUAUUUAAAAAAAUAUAAAUAUGUACUGUAUGUAAAUCUGAAUUACUUAAACAAAUUACUAUUAAAUGAUAAUCAUCUACUGUA